GGGCCGGUGAGGGCGCACCCGGACGCCGCCGGGCCCUCCCGAGGGAGGCGGCAGGAGGGCGGAGAGCGGCCCGCAGCCACGGUCCAGAAGCACUAGGGUACUUGAUUUUGUUUUAAUUGCUAAGCCACAAAGACUGCAAACAUGUCUCUGGAAGACAUCCACAUGAACACCCAAGAUUUGCUUGAAAAAAAACCAUUAGACGCUGGAGGAUUUGGAACAAUUUCUUUAUGCUUUCACAAGAAACAUGGAUAUGUAGUAUUAAAAAAAGUGUAUACAGGACCCCAGCGCACUGAAUAUAAUGCUUCCCUCCUUGAAGAAGGCAGGAUUAUGCGCAGACUGCAGCAUAACCGUGUGGUAAAACUACUAGGUAUAAUUUUGGAAGAUGGAAACUACUCACUUGUAAUGGAGUAUGUGGACCGGGGGAACAUGAUGAAAGUGCUACAGAAGCUCUCACUGCCUUUGUCAGUGAAAGGGCGUUUUGUGCUGGAGAUCACAGAAGGAAUGCUUUAUCUGCAUGAGCAAGGUUUCGUACACAAAGACCUAAAGCCAGAAAACAUCCUUGUAGACACAGACUUCCACAUUAAGAUUGCAGAUCUCGGUGUUGCCUCCUUUAAGAACUGGAGCCGGCUGACCCAAGAAGAGACUGUCCGACAGAAGCAAAUCAAGAGCACUUGCCAGAACAAUGCUGGGACUCUUUUCUAUAUGGCCCCAGAGCAUUUACGCUGUGUUAAUGUAAAACCUGUGGAGAAAUCAGAUGUUUACAGCUUCGGCAUAGUGAUCUGGGCAAUUUUUGCUAACAAAGAGCCAUAUGAACAUUGUAUAAAUGAAGCCCAGAUUUGCUUUGGCAUCAUGAAUGGAAACAGACCAGACAUAAAGGAGAUCACUGAUAAAUGUCCAGUGGAAAUUAUUGACUUAAUGAAACAAUGCUGGGAGCAAGAGUCAGAGAAACGGCCAACCUUUGCAGAAAUUAGUCAAAGAUACAAGCCAUUUUACUAUCAAAAUCUAGGAAAAAAUAUUGAAGAUGAUCUGAAGGAGUUAAAAAAAAUGUGGCCCGAGUCAAAUGAACUGCUGGAUAGGAUGCAAUCCCUUCAAAUAGAUGCUGUAGCAGAAGAUGCCAGUAAUGGUCAAGUAGAUCAGCCUAAUUCUCUACACAGCUCUCAAGGUCCCAUGACCAGUCAUGUUAAUGAUGCCCUGUUUGCUGCCUCCCCUGAGAACCAGCCUGUUGAGAGCUGUGAGACCUCAUUUACAUCUGCUGAUCAUCUAGAAAGAAAACUUCAGCGUGAAUACAACUACCAUGUAUUUGGGAGCUGGAUGGAUAAAGCAGUUCCACCUGUAGUAUAUACCCCUGAAAUGAGAGAGGAAGAAAGGAGACGAAGAGUUUCCUACGAUCCAUUUGCAAAGCUAUCUCCUACUCCUCAAUGGAGUGAACUGUACCCAAGAGCUGAAAAAACAGGAUCAAACACUAAUCCAUAUUUUUGGCCACAGCCAGCUGCAACACCACCAAAACAGGGAAAUGUAGAUAUUUUUUAUGGGCCAAGCCAUAACAGUCUUCUAACGGGAAACACAGAGGGUCUCUAUGGAUUGUGUUCAGCCAGUACCUUUAGCCUAAGUAAACCUCCUGUGCCUGAAUCUGGCCCAAACUUGCAGUCACAGACCAACGUAAACUGGUAUCCAAAGAAUGCAGACACAGACACAGGUAACAAGGAUUCCACUUCUUUCACAAGGGCAACUUUUACAUAUUAUCCUACUGCACCCAGAGUAAGCACAGAAGACUCAAUCAAGUACAACAUAAGUAACAGUUCUGGAAUUCAAAUUGGAUCCUACAAUCACAUGAAGAUUGAAGAGCACAAUCAACAUAUCAGCACUUCUCCUGUUGCUACAGAGGCAAUUUAUAGGCAUUAUGAAGCAAUGGGUAUAUUUGACAAUACUACUGUCCUGACUGAGAAACAUCUAAAUCUAGUGAGAGAAAAGUUGGCUAAACAGUGGAAGCAUUGUGCUCGUAAACUGGGCUUCUGUGAUCCCGAGAUUGAUGAAAUUGAUCACGACUAUGAACGAGAUGGACUAAAAGAAAAAGUUUACCAAAUGCUGCUUAAGUGGGUAAUGAGGGAAGGCUCCAAAGGUGCUACAGUUGGAAAGCUUGCCAAAGCCCUCUUUGGCUGCCAAAGACUGGAUCUCCUUACUAGUUUGAUGCAAAUCAACGAGGAAUAAGUUGACUGAGAACUUGGGGGAAAAGUAAGAUAUUUUUUCCUGAAGAUCUUCCAGUAACAAGUAAUAAUUCUGAAGAGACUUUCUGGAGCUCUCAUUUUUGCACACUUUUUGGAACACAUUUUUUCUGCCAAGCAGUUUUCAGUGAAUACCUCUGGUAAAUCAAAAAGUUUAUGUCAAGAUAACUGGUCUUCCAGAGGAUAAAAGAAAAUAAGCAUCUUCCUUCUGAAUAAAAUGAUUGUCCAAAGGUAAUGACAACAAAACGCAAUACCAAUAGUGAUUCAAGGAGAAGGUGUUAUAAAAAAUUUCUAGAUUCUAUCUUGAAACAUGUUGGUACCCUUGUUUAGUUCUGAACAAAAGCAUGUAAUUUCAGCAAAGCUAUUAUAUC